AUGGCGAUGCGGGAGUUGGUUACUGGUGGCGCCGCUUGUGCUGUGCCUGGCUCCUCAGGUUCCUCCAAUCCUCUUGGAGCUCUCACCAACGCCCUCAUCGGCUCGUCCUCAAAAACUCAGGAAAGGCUGCGAGAGAUUCCUACUGCCACAACCACAACCACCAAUAGUAAUUUAUUUGCAGGGAGUGAAGAACCCUUUGCUGCCCUUCCAGGGGCAGAGCUUGAACAUCCACUGCAGCCUCAUGCCCAGGGAUCAGAAUUCCUUCAAGGCUUCCGCUCUGCGGAUCAAAACAGGUUUGCAGAUGCUUGGCAUGAGAUACAAAGGCCUCAAAUUCCUCAUUCUCUGGGAAGGGAUAGUAUGACAAAUAUUCCUUUAGAGCAAGGACGGCUUCAACCUAGUUUGGAUGGCCCACCUCAAAGAGUGUUGUCCAGUUUCUUGCACUCAUUUGUUCACAGUAGCCAUGGUGGCCUACCUUUCCAUCCUACUUCACUUCCAGUGUUAGGAUUGUCUGAAGGUGAUAAGCAAUGCAUACGUGAUCGAAGCAGUAUUAUGGCUAGGCACUUUUUUGCAGAUAAGAGUGAAGAUUUUAUUAAUUCACAGGUUAAUGCACUGCUUUCUUCUUUAGAGAUCGAUAAUGACAUCAGGUCCAGAGGCCCUAUGCCUGGUAGAUUCCCAGAGCUAGAGGAGUAUUGGAAUGAGUCCCAAGGUAUGAAACCUGGGCCUUAUGCCACUGAUGGGUGGGUCACUGAAUUUUCUCAGCGCCAAAUAGAACGCAAUGAUCCUAAUGCAUGGGUUCAGUCAUUUGAACGGCAACAUGGUGCUAAUGGUUGGGCUACUGAAUUUGAGCAUGAGCAAUCCCAACUUGCAUCAUUAGAUCAAAUGAGAGGUGCAAACAUUUCGAGCUUAGCUGCCAUGGAGCACACACGUAAGCUAGCACACACUCUUGCUCAAAACAAUGAUCCAAAAUUCCAGAAUUCAAAGUUCCUCCAGUUUGUAUCAAAGAUGAGUCGUGGCGAAAUUACUAUUGAGGAUAAUCAAAUAAAACAAGCCACAUUCUCUGCACCUGGAGAUUGGGCAGCAGAAUAUCAGCAACAAUAUAAUGGAGGUCAAACAUGGGCUGACCAGUUUGUGAAUGAGCAGCGUUCCCAGGAACCUCAUGGAUGGGCAAAUGAGUUUGCUUCUGAACGUGAGAUACAUGGAUCAGUAGAUGGUGAGUGGGUCAAUGAAUUUUCCAAGUUACAUGUCAAUGACUGGGCAGAAGAAUUUGAGCAUCAGGUUGCAGAAGGAGUAUUGGGUGAUAGUUCUGGUGAUAACUGGGCAAAUGCAUAUGAUGAGUACCUGAACGAGCAAGUAGCACUGCAGCAGAAAUCAGAGUCCUCGAGGGGUGUAUAUGUAUUCUCUGAUAUGAAUCCUUAUGUUGGCCAUCCUAAUCCUCUGAAAGAAGGGCAAGAAUUGUUUCGCAAGGGACUUUUAAGUGAAGCAGUACUGGCUUUGGAGGCCGAGGUUCUGAAGAACCAUGACAACGCUGAGGGUUGGAGGUUACUUGGCAUAGCACAUGCUGAGAAUGACGAUGACCAACAGGCUAUUGCAGCCAUGAUGCGUGCACAGGAAGUUGAUCCAACAAACUUGGAAGUACUUCUCGCUCUUGGCGUGAGUCAUACAAAUGAGUUGGAACAAGCAGCUGCAUUGAAGUACUUGUACAGUUGGCUACGCCAUCACCCAAAGUAUGGGACCAUUACAUCUGCAGAGCAGCCUGAUAAUCUCUAUUAUGCUGACGUUGCUAGAUUAUUUAAUGAUGCAGCCAAAGUAUCACCUGAUGAUGCUGAUGUACACAUAGUUCUUGGAGUCCUGUACAACUUGUCCAGAGAAUAUGACAAAGCUAUUGAUGCUUUCCAGACAGCUUUAAAACUCAAACCACGAGAUUAUUCACUCUGGAAUAAACUUGGUGCAACCCAAGCUAAUAGUGUUCACAGUGCUGAUGCAAUUUUGGCUUAUCAACAGGCUCUUGAUUUAAAGCCUAAUUAUGUACGUGCAUGGGCAAACAUGGGCAUCAGCUAUGCUAACCAGGGUAUGUAUGAGGACUCUAUACGUUACUAUGUCCGGGCACUCUCCAUGAAUCCGAAGGCAGAUAAUGCCUGGCAGUAUUUGAGAAUCUCUUUGAGCUGUGCUUCCCGGAACGAUAUGCUGGAAGCUUGCGACUCGAGGAAUCUUGAUUUUCUCCAGAAAGAGUUCCCGCUGUGA